GGAGUGAACAAGGAAAGAAAAAUCGAGAAAAGCAGAAAGUGUUGCAUACAUCUGGAAGCAAGAGCCAUGCUCGUGUUACAGCCGAAAUGCACAAGGAGAAUGGAUAUGCUCCUCGCAGAGAUGAAGUGUUUAUCAGAACACACCAAAGCAAGAAAAAACCUCAAACUCAAGAAAUAAUCGGCGUAAUUAACAAAAUAGAGGAGGCAAUUAAUGAUCAUCCAGAACUUUUGGAGAAAACCAUUCAACAAGGUGAUGUCUUGGCACAUGUCCUUGGGAAAGAGAAGAAUGGCUAUGUCCGGUGUGUUGGCCUAGGACCAAGUGCUGGUACUAUAGGCAUGCUUGGAGCUCAAAGGCUGAAAUCUACAAAGCUGCAGAUGGCUGAGCUAGAGGCUGAGAAAGCUUGGAGGGCGAAUGACCUUCUAAAAGAGCAAGUAGAUGAAAUUACAAAUAAUGCAAAAUCCCAAAAAUCCCAGAUUGAUGCGCUAAUCGAAGAAGUGAGCCAACUGAGGAUGAUGGUGUCACAGUCCAAUACUGGAAACAACAAUAGCAUGCUCAAUCUCGACCAUCUUGAUAGUGUAGGAGAAUCUGCUGCUUGGGAUGAAGACCAACAAUUUCAUGAGGAGGAGGAACGCUUAGAUCGAGAGAUCAGGGAAGCAACUGAGAACUUUGAAAGCAUGAAAGCAAGAGCAGCACUAUUGCGUAAUAAGAAGGAAUCAGCAGUGUUCCAAAACAGAGUAGCAGCCCAGCAUCAGAAGAGGGAAGCAGAAAUCCUUGAGGAAAGGAGGAAGCAAAUAGAGCUGCAGAAGAAGGAGAAGGAGGUUGAAGACCUACAAAUGAAGGAGGUUGAACAACUGCAAAACAAGAAGGAAGCCGAACUACUGCGUAAGAAGAAAGAAGUCGAAAAACUACAAAAGCAGAAUGGAGUCCAGGUGCAAAAGAAGCUGGGAGCAGCAAUUACACAAAAAAAUCAUCAGCAAGGAAAGGAGGUGAUGCUAUACAAUGUUUUUAGAGACCAUAGUAUCCCUGUUGCCAAAGCUACCAUAGUGUCAACUGAUCGGAAGAAGAUAGUGGGGGGGCGGGAGCUUGGUGCUGAAUGUUGUGAAGUUGUCGUUGACUAUAUAAUGAAGAAAGAUGCCAUAUUGCCUCGUCCUGUUGGGAAAGUUACUACCAUUGGACAUGCUCAAGGAAGAACAAUUGCAUGGCUGUAUAAGCAUAUGGAGGUGCAGAAAUCCAUGGCAAAGCAAGCCUCUCCUCCACAAGAAGAAUGACAGGGGAGCUGCAGCAAAAGGUCAAUAACCUGCCUUGAUGUGAUUUAGAGUGACUUGCUGGAUGCUUUCGUUCACUUCGAUGAAGAUUGCUAGUUUAAAAACGUGUGUAACCUCUUCAGAACUAUUGUCGAUGGUGGAUUGUUUUUCAAUUUAACUGAUCUUUGUAUGUCCUGGUCUCCUGGAUGGAUAUGAACCAUGUACUAGAUAAUGAAUCAAGUCAAUGUAUUUUGAAGAA